UGUUGUUGGCAUCUUCAUUGAUUCUUACAUGACUUGCUGUUGUCUCAAAGACCAUAGGUGAAACUUAGCAUAGAAAGAGUUGAGAGGUGUUGAUGAUUUUGAGGAGUGAACUCUGGCGUCUCUGCUCAAGGUUAUGGUGGCUGAUAUGGAAUCACCCGAAGCGCAGAGUUAUUGUCAAAAGGUUUGGGAAGAUGAAAGUAUAGCCAGAGUCAGCCAGUUGGGCGAUUCUGUCUCGAAAAGGUGAUUUCGAGUUGCCACAUUCAAUGUUGCCAUGUUCUCUCUAGCACCUGCUGUUCCCAUUGCAGAGAAGUCAGCAACAUUCAGCUUUGGUAGAAAGGAAAGCAGUUUUAUAAGCCCUGUGAAUCAUUGCCCAAAGAGUAUACUAAAGCAAUCUCCAUUAACCAAGACUGAAUCUCUCUCAAGAUCAAAGCCCAAAGUUUCCAUUAAUCUUCCUGACAACGAGAUUUCCUUAGCAAACAAGUUUCCUGGUUCCAUGGAAGACAAAACACCGAGCUUAUCGAAGACGACGAACGAAAAAAGAAACUUGCUAAAGGUCGCGAUCGACAUGCGGGGACGGGAGAAGUUAACAUCUACUGCACUCGACCAUCUGGAUGAGCAUUGGANAUGGGCAGGGCUGAUUGUGGAAAUGUAG